GCGUUAGUACGUGUCAGAGUACGGUACGCACGGUCUCGCUGAAUUAUACUCGGUAUCCGCGGUAUAGACGGACGUUUGAUAGGUUAAAAGUUUGACAUGUGCGGAGAAAAAAGUGCUCUGUGCGAGGAAGGAACGAUAUCGUUUGCAAGUUAUUCACGCGAAUACUGAGCCACACCGUUCAAGUGCGCGUUACGUGAUAUCGCCUGGCAACGAGACGUUGGAUUACAUUGUUCCUUGCCGGGGGACGAUUCAAAGAGGUUCGAUCUUUGCGAUCGAUAAUCAUAAAGAAUGUAAGAAUAACAAGAACGCUCUGGCGUUGCACGUUUGAAUCGAGCACCCGGCUUCUUUAUCUGUCACAUUUUCUCGUCGAUCAACCGAUCUCGUUCUCGAUGUAUUAAUAAUACGAGACACGCGUAGGCGAUUGGCCGUACAGCUGUCUGACGGUCGUACAUCUGGUCGCGUUUACCUUCCGCGGACACUGGGCAAUUUCAGCCACGAGAAUUGGUAUGGGAGGCGUGAAAGAAAGAUCAAAGAUCGAAGAUUAUCAGGAAUAUUCUAAGUCGCCUAGCCGGGGAUACAGGCCACGAUAUAAAUUCAGUUGUUCGUCGUCCGUUACGGUGCACGUUACGUCGCGAUCGGCUGUCCCUCGUGUCCUUUUCUCUUCCCUCGUUCUUUUGCGUACAUAAACGGUGCGUGUAGAGGUACUAAUGUAAGGUACUUACACACUCACCGUUCUUGAUUCUUGGAUCGCGUAUAGUGAUAAUUUCCUCUUCUGGUCGCGGUGGGAAAUCCGACUUGUUAGUCGACAGAAAUCGUCGAACUUGUUAGGAGGCGGGCACGAAAAAGGCCAGGAUACUUGGUGAUAAUACGGAAGUGUCGUUAAACCACAUCGAAACAAGACUCCCAUUGUAGUACCGGUGGUACAUAUCUCUUGGAAUUAAGGGGUGACCGGAAUUUGCCACCAUGAUCGUGGAGGAUAAACAGGAAAUGGAAGGCUUCUGGAUUAGCGGCGUGAUCCACGCGAUCAAGGCGCUCUCGUACGUGUACGACCUGCUGACGUUUCCAGUCUACCUGAUUCUGCAACGACCCUGGGAGAAGAGGAAGGCUUCGAGGAGAGUCAAGGCUCGGGUUGUCGCCAAGGACGAGCACAGCCUCACAUACAGGAGCGUCGAUCCUCCGGGGCUGAUGCACGUUACCCUCGAGCGCGAGAAAAUCGACACGCUCGAAAAAAUGUUCUGUUGGGUCGCGAAAUUGCACGGCGACAAAAAAUGCCUCGGCACCAGGCAGAUCCUGGCGGAGGAGGACGAACUCCAGCCUAAUGGUAGAAUUUUUAAAAAGUAUAAAAUGGGGGAGUACAAAUGGAAGUCGUACGUGGACGUGAACAAGCUUACGAUCUCGUUUAGUCGAGGUUUGAGGGAACUGGGACUGACCACGCGCAAGAAUAUCGUGAUUUUUGCGGAGACCAGAGCAGAAUGGAUGAUCGCAGCUUACGGUUGCUUCAGGCAGAACCUGACCGUGGUCACGAUCUACGCAACUUUGGGCGAUGAUGCUAUCGCGCAUGGCAUCAACGAAACGGAAGUGGACACCGUAAUAACCAGUCACGAUCUACUAUCGAAAUUCAAACGGCUUCUGGAGAAACUACCGAUGAUUAAGACGGUGAUUUAUAUGGAGGACCAGCUCAAACCCACCGACACGACUGAUUUCAAGAAUGGCGUGAGGCUCAUACCAUAUUCAGAUGUGAUUAAGAAGGGCAACGAAUCGGAUGCACCAAUGUCACCGCCACGUGCUGACGACACAGCGAUAAUCAUGUACACGUCUGGUUCCACGGGAGUCCCAAAAGGCGUACUCUUGUCUCACUCGAACAUAAUUUACACAUUGAAAGCAUUCUGUGACGCUGUAGAAAUAAAAUCGAACGACGUCUUCCUCGGAUUUUUACCUUUGGCUCACGUUUUUGAACUUCUCGCCGAGAGCGUGUGCCUUCUAACCGGUGUACCCAUUGGCUACAGUUCACCGCUCACUAUGAUCGAUUCCAGCAGCAAGAUCCAGAGGGGAUCCAAGGGUGACGCGUCCGUUUUACAUCCAACGUGUUUAACUUCGGUACCGCUCAUACUCGACCGUAUCUCCAAAGGCAUAAACGAGAAGGUGAAGAAAUCGUGCGCCUUCAGGCAAGCGAUCUUCAAGUUUGCCUACGAGUACAAACUGAAAUGGACGAAGCGCGGUUACGAUACACCAUUCUUCGACAAACUCAUCUUUGGAGCUGCCAAGCAAGUCCUCGGUGGCAGAGUCAGGCUUGUACUAUGUGGAGGUGCACCAUUGUCUCCGGACACGCACACUCAGGUCAAAAUUUGCCUUUGUGUUACCGUAACGCAGGGAUACGGUCUUACGGAGACAACUUCGUGUGCUACCGUUAUGGAUGUACACGAUAGAAGUACUGGAAGAGUAGGAGCACCGACGACAGUUUGCGACAUUCGACUGGAAAAUUGGGAGGAGGCUGGCUACAGAGUGACGGACACACCGUUUCCCAGGGGGGAAAUUCUUGUCGGUGGAGAAAACGUUUCGAUCGGUUACUACAAAUUGCCAGAGAAAACGAAAGAAGACUUCUUUUACAUGGAUGGAAGGCAAUGGUUCAGAACGGGCGACAUCGGGGAGUGCCACGAAGAUGGUUGCAUAAAGAUUAUCGAUCGAAAGAAGGAUCUAGUGAAGUUGCAGUUGGGUGAAUACGUGUCUCUGGGAAAAGUGGAGGCGGAAUUAAAGACGUGUCCGGUCGUGGAGAACAUUUGCGUGUACGGAGAUGGGCACAGGGCUUACACGGUGGCAUUGGUGGUGCCCAAUCAGUACUAUCUUGACGAAAUCGCCAAGAAUCUCGGUAUUGUUAAGAAGUCGUUCGAAGAACUGUGCGACGAUCCGCAAGUCGAGAAAGCAGUACUCCAAGAGCUGGUCGAACAAGCCAAAAAAUGCAAACUCCAAAGAUUCGAAAUACCUGGCGCUGUUAAAUUGUGCGCGGAACAAUGGUCGCCGGAUAUGGGUCUGGUAACAGCCGCGUUCAAACUGAAGAGGAAAGCGGUGCAAGAGAGAUAUCAGCACGAAAUUAACAGAAUGUACGCUUCGUGAUGUCGCGACAAGUCUUGCAAGAAGUGUAACGGAUGAAGUGAUUCGAAAUUUAAAACUUCCACGUUCGACGCAACCGUGCCUCGACGAUCUUUAAGUACGUGUUGCGAGUCGAGGUCGCGAUCCUAAAACUUCGAAACGUCGUGCAUUUUAUCAGUUUUCCUUUAUUGCGAUCGGCGAAGAAGGUGUCGACCUCGAGGUACCCAAGAAGGUCUGCUCGACGUCACAAAGCACACGUUACUGGACAAAUGCAAUGUAUAUUAAACGUUUACUCGGUUUCUCACUUCGGAAGGAUUUGGAAAACGUCGAUGAUCGACGUGCGCGUACAAAGAGCUAGAACAAACAAAUGGUGCAAGACUGCUUGUUCUUCGUUGGGAAUAAUGUCGUUAUAUUUUUUUUUUUUCUUAGAAAUUUCUAUGAUCGUCUUAAUAAUAUAUUCAUUCCUCUCGAUAUAAACGACUAAACUUCAUGGGGAAAUCGAUUGUUUGCAACCGCGAGUAAUUUCCUAAGUUCACGACUCGUACGGUGUACUUACUUGGAGUAUUAUUCGAAUCGAGAUCCAGUUUUUCCAAACACAAAUAAAAUCUACGACUCUCGGAAGAAAGAGAGUCUGUUCUAUAUUAAGCUAUAUAUGUAUAUACAGAAAAUUGAAUGAGUCAACUUUUACUUAUUAAUAUAAAAGCGCAUGAUGUUAAAUUUAUUUCGAUGCGUUCGACUAUGCCUUCGCAUAAAUUGGAUUCCUUUCCACGCAACGUUUGUAUAAUACUUAUGGAUAUGUUCUUGCCUCCAUUUAAAUUGUUAUCUCAUCGAAACAUCACAGAUAUAUAAUUUUCCCUUUGCAGCAGAACGAUAUUUUUACGUGUGUGCGUGAGUCCGUGCGCGUAUGCGUGUAUGUUUUAUUGUUGUGUAUGCUUGCGUGCAUAUAUGUCCAUAACAAGGAUACUAGGAAGUAACGCGUGUGAGCUUGUAAAAGAAAUGAUGUUUACGAAGUAAUUUUUUAGUCUUCCCAUUCGUCGUAUUCGCCAAUUAUCCGACCUAUCUCGCUGAAGGUUUCUUUGAUAUAACUUAGCCUCAAGGUUCGCUUAACGAACUUUCUUUCCAUCCGAUUUGUUCACUCUGAAUCACGUUGUUUCGCACGAAUUCUAUUUGUAAUUCAUAGUCUUCCUUAACUUUAAAACGAAACAUUUGCGUUCCAUUGGAAUAUCAUUACACAGGGUUAGCUGCAAACGCUUUUGGUCGGACAUCUUGACUGGAAAAUACGUUCUAUGUGAUUUAGGAUUUUCGUUGAAGCUCGUGGGUAAAUACGGCGUUGAACGAUGGAUAAUCGUAUCGUUGAUCGCACAUUUUUUGAUGCUUAGUAUCUAAGUAUUCAUGUUGACGACGCGCAAGUAAGAAACGAAAGAAUUGUUUAACAGUUUUGCUUCUACAUUGCGGCUUGUUGGAUCGCGAGUGUACGAGGGUAAUGCGAUGGAAUUAAAGGAUAUCGAACAGCAACUCGUUAUCCUUUUACAAUCGCGUUGAGAGUUCCUGCGCUAUCUAAACAUGCGUUACGAAUUGUUACGGAUCCCGUUAUUCAUUUCGAUAAAUUAUUAAAAUGCUGUAUAAUAUUAGAUAGGAAAUUCCCAAUUGUAAUUUCGGUAUAAUCAUAUCAUCGAUACCUAUUGUUAUUAUUAUUAUUAUUAUUAUUAUUAUUAUUAUUAUUAUUAUUACUACGCCUAUAAUUCUGAAAUGAUGACAUACAAAAAGAUAAAUAUACAGAUCUAUAGUAUAUGCAAUUAAGGUAACAGCAUCUAUGAAUGAUAUGGCACCUAAAGACAGAACUUCAUUUUGUUUCGUUCAAUGAGAAGAACGUCUUUGAAUUUUGCUAGCUAAAUUAUAUCUCAAUUUAAUAAUCAGAACUGGAUUUGUAAAAUAUCGUGUUACGUGAUUUGAGGUCAUCUUUAGGUUCCAAAGCACCGUUAUAUUUUAACAGAUGAUAGAAAUGUCUGCUUUAAAGUUUUAUUCUUGUGAUUUCAGCAAUGGUGAUAAUGUGAUAUGUUUGUUAGACUUGGGUGCCUGAAGUGUUAGCUACUUCAAAUUGUUUUUACAUUCGUCUCAGACUAAUUGUUUAGCUAAUUUGUUAGGAGAAAAGAAAAUUGGAGAUUCGAGAAAGGUAAGACAAUUCGUUGACGGAGAAUAGUUUGCUAGAGGAGAAGUCGAGUGCCUUAAGUGGGUAAAGCAGCUGUUCGAGGAUUCGGGCGUAUUGUCCUUAUGAAUUAUUCAAUUCGUAACUUGUCGGAGAAAGAAAAGUCUUUUUGACUGUAGGUAGCAAAAAUAAUGGCAGAGAAGACGAAUGGCGAAAACACGGAGGUUCCAACAAACCAAAUAAAUGUUCUUUUUUAGCAACGAAGAUAUAUCCAUUGUCGAAUACAUAGAAUUUCAAUCAUUUCAGUUGUUUUUGUCUAAGGUGUUGUAUUUAGAUAUUAAAGGUCUCGUGAUUGCGGGAAGUUAUUGACCAAAGAAUAAAAAAAUCCUCAAGACGUCAACUACAGGUGCAGUUACCUUACUAUUAUUAUUACGAUUCAUUUUUCUCUAUUGUUUACGAUCGUAGGUGCCGCAACUUCGUUAGAAAUAUUAUUUUGUAAGCGAUGUAAGUUGAUUUUAUAAUCUCGACAAUAAUAUAAUUCACGAAAAUGGAUUCAUUCGGCGAAUAAAAGUAUGAGAACUCUCACCUGUAUUUCCAUUCUUCGGUUACGGUACCAUAUCCUGUAUGACGAUAUAAUCAGUAUUUUUGAACUAUAGAUCCAUAGUUUAAAACAUCAUGAAACUUCCAUUUAGUUGCUGCAACAAUUUUUUACAAAAUUU